CACACAUUCGCUUGAGGAUACAGGUCAAACUGCGGACCUCGAAUCAAAUCCUAUCCUAUCCUAUCCAAAAGAGGCUGACUCUAGUAAGUGACCGAGUAGGUGAUUAAAAACUUUCAGACAAGUUGCUGAUUACGUGUGGUCGAAAAAUGUCGACGACGUCUCGCAAGUCGGUCUUGCUCCUGCAGGACCUGGUCAAGUCGAGCUGGCUGCCGACGUACCCAAAGCAGGAAAUCGACGAGAUUCUUGAUGAGGUACGAUUCCUUCUUCUUGUUCGCUUCUCAGUUUUUCACUGGCUUUUCUGUUGCGUUGAUAAAACUUCGAGUUAACCAGGCAGACACUGUGGAGUCGACGCAGACCUUUCUGCGGGCACAGAAUGAGUGAGUGAAUGGUCGUACUCAUAUUUGUUCCGAUUUCUAUGCUAAAAGAGACGAAGGAUGCAACGCACUAAAGACAGGCCUGUAGUCUAGAAACUCAGUCGAGGACAAUCUUUCUUUUUUUUUUUGAAAAAUCCUCUAUCGAACAAUCUUCAUCUGAAAAAAACUCUUUAUCAUACAGCGUGGCUUUUUUACAAUGGACAUCAGUUUUUAUCUUUUUUCCUUUCUCCCCAUCUUCUCUUAUAAUAUAUUUCACUCUUCCAACUACUAACUACUUAUCAUACAAUAAAUAAUCUUUCAUAGAUCAUACGAGGUUACGAAAAUCUUGGGGUGUGCAACGCAGAGCUAUAUCGUAGAGAGAAGCUGGCGUUAGAAGCCUACAACGAGGCGAGGAGGGAGAACGACGAAGAGCCAAUCACCGACAUAAAAGACGUUCCAGCUGAAUUCACCCUAUGGAGAUGUGCUCUUCUAGAUGGUUGGAUGGUUAAUCUAUUGGUAUUGGUACUAAUUUUAGCUAGCCCGCUUGCUUUUACUUGAUGGGUGUCAGCAAGAUUCUUGGCAGGACAGUUUCUCACUUUUUGCAGACAUUGCUACUGUGUGGCAUCUCUGACUAUUUGCAGGUAAAUGCUAAGCAACGGUCGCAAUUAGCUACUUUUUGUUGUUGUUAGUUUACAUGUUGUAGGUCGAACCUGACCUCUACGUUGGUAGCCUUCAUUUAUUGAAUCUCUCCUCGCCUUCAUUAUCCGAAGAGAUGUGUCUCCCUGCAGUGCUUGGCAUGAAGGUUUGGCUUGCGGACCUCUUGCGGAGUAAACGGUGUGUUCUUGCGUACAUUCGCAAGAGGCUAGAGAUUAUAAGGCGGACAAGAUGGCAAGAAGGACGAAUCUUCAGUGAUGGAAGACUCAUUACGUCUAGUUGGUCAAUACGCCUAGUUGGUCGAAAGAGUAGAAACGAUGAACUAAUCCUCUCCUCUCCCUCAUCCUCGAACUCCUCAUCCUCUAACUCCCAGAAGAUGGCACCAGAAGAAAUCGCAUACCUGAAUAAGUACAACGAUAUCGUCGACGAGUACAUGGCUGGGUGUGGCUUCGAGGGAAUGAAUCUCGCCACCGACCGAAGCAUUCAGACCGAUGCUUACACGACCAUACGGAUUAUCGUUAAGGCUGGGCGCAGGUUUGUUCAGGUGAUAGUAUGUCUACGUCAAGAAUUCGUUUUUGGUUUGAGUAUCCACUACCGAGCAGUGUUCAAACCAUAAGUGACAAAAAGACUCAGUUCUAGACUCGUCAUCUUCCGCGAGAAGGCUCUAAUAUUGACAACAAUGACGUGGAAGGAGCCGAGGAAGUGGUGCUCUCUGACGGACGAAGCAUCAAGCUCACGCCAGGGGUAUGAUUUCUUUCUUUCGGCAAAAUCAAUAAUUAAAGUUGUCUGUAAUAUCCCACGAAUGGGUACACUCCUACUACUACUCCUACUACUUUCUCUCUUCCAAGUUGAAGCUUUAGGCUCAGCGAGUUCCCUGGUUUAUACAGAAAUAUCGAGUCUUCGGUCUUCCUGGGUUCAUCAACGUCAUUGGAUAGAGAUAGCAUAGGUCAUGUUCUUCGAGCAAUCCGCGAACAUUAGGCAUGACAAUCAGCUACUUGCUGGCUGUUUCCAACGAACCAACACCAGGGUAUUCUUUAUCUCUAGUUGUAGAACGAAGACAGUAAUAUCUCUUUAUCUUUAGCACAACAAGGACAGUAUCUCUUCAUCUUUACAGUACAACAAAGACAGUCACUUUUUCCGACCACUAUUCUCAGCUUCAGUAUCGAGUGCGCACAGAGGACGCGGAGCAGCUUGCGGCUGACGAUUUUGCUGUAAUACUUGAAAAUACCAAUAACCAAGGACGAAAUAUAACGCCCUUUGGUAAGUAUGGUCCCAUUGGGAACUAGAAGUUGAUACAUUUCGCUUGUCGGAUCUAGUAGGAACUAUCUUGUCAUCCGUAGAGAAGUCAUCCCUUUCUUUUCUCUAUUAUAUGUCGAACUAGAACCAACUUACUAGAGGGUUCAUCACAUCGAGAAGCGAGUAUCAGCUCUCCUUUUUGGUCCAUUCUUUUUCUCCUCUCUCUCCCUUUGGAACUCUGAGUACGAAGCCACUCUAUUCGGCGAUCAUCAUCUUCAUCCUUAUGAACUACUUCCAUUCGGCUACAAUCAUCACAUACAACAAAUCGGCAUCCUCGAUCAUACUGCUGCAUGAUUCACAUGUUGUCCCAUGUGGAUAUUCUACGCGGCCUGCACAGUACCCUCAUACCACUUCAAUUCGGAUGUGCAAUUUCUUAUCUAAUCUGUCUAAUCCUAAGCCCUUUCUUCGAUUGAUGGCGGGUUGUUCUCAUCAUCCCUGAGGCACAAACAGAAACAUUGUUCUGUACUUACUGUGGUGAGACUCAAGCAUAACUUCUGCUGAUCCGGUGC